AUGACGAAGUUAACUGGGUGGAAACGAGAGGAGGUAAUGGAUAAAAUGUUGUUUGGGGAGGUUUUUGGGAUCAACAAGGCCUGUUGUCGUCUGAAGAGUCAGGAAGCUUUCGUAAAUCUUGGUGUUGUACUUAACCAUGCCAUGACAGGUCAGGUAUCCGAAAAGGUUCCUUUUGGUUUCUGUGCUCGCAGUGGAAAGCACAUAGAAUGCCUGUUGUGUGUGAGCAAGAAAUUGGACAGUGAGGGCUCAGUCACAGGGGUGUUUUGCUUCUUGCAACUUGCUAGCCCAGAGCAACAAGAAGCACUCCAUGUCCAGCGCUUAUGA